AUGGAACUGCUUCUUGACCACCGCCAUCCCAACAAUCUAGUCUUCCGCGACGAAGAUUAUUUCGAUGUUACGUGCCAGAAGCUCUGUCACUCCGUCCAACGAUGGGUGCAGCGCUUCUCCAAGCACUCUGACCACAGUCACUGCCGGGCUCUGGGUGAGCUGGAUGAAAAGAUGGCCGACCGCUUCGAGAAUGCGGUCCUCGAUGGUUCCAACGUCGAAGCCUACCUCAGCGAUCGUGUUCGCCGUCGUGAUGUAUUUAUGUCAGUGACCAUGACUAUGGUGUGGGAAUUUAUCUUCACCCGCUACCUAUUCGGCAUGGACCGCGAUCAGCGCCAGAAGCUCAAGUCUCUUGAGAAACAAUUAGCAGAGGUCGUGCCUUGUUCUGCAGUACACCGCUGGCGUGCGACUUCCUUGAAGCUACAGUCCCAGCUACCGGCUUUCGCUACCCAGUGCCAAAGUGAAAUUGAAGUUGUCGUACUCGAGAUCUUUGGUACCCUAUCUCAUAUCCUUCCACCCUCGUUAGAGGUAGAAGCUCAGCUCAUCGAGUCCUUACGUAAGCCCGAAUACGACACCAACGGUGACCUAGUGCGUCAGGUGUAUUUCACAGCCACAUUGAUGAACGAGCGCAGUGGUGAAACUCCUUCCAACGAGAAGCUAGAGGAGGAGAAAGCCGUCGUUCGUAUCGUUCUCUUCCCUCUUGUUAUCAAGAGAGGCGAUGAUGCGGGUGAGGGCGACGACGAGUUUGUCGUCUGCCCCGCUCAAGUUAUUGUCGCCCCUACGGGCAAAGACAAUCAGGCCUCCGAGAUGACGGAUGGUAGCUGCAUGUCUCCGGAUGACCAGCGAUCGGUCCACAGUACGGCCUCAAGCGAGGCUCCUCCCUCGCCGGUAAUGGACACAAGUAAUAUGAUCUAA